UUGGCUAUAUUCCGUGUGCUGUAUAAUGUAUCCUUAUUUAUUUUAUACAUAGUAGUUUGUACCUCUUAAUCCCCUAACCAGACGUGCCAUCUUGUAAGUCUUUUUAUUCUCUGUACCUGCAGUUAGUAGGUGUCCGCUGAAGCAAUGAAGGGAUGCGUGUAUCCAUUCACUUAACAAUCAUAGUCUACCGUGUGCCAAGUUUUAUUGUACAUGCUUGGGACAAAGCUCACUACUCUCGUGGAGCUUACUUUCUAGUGAAGAGAUAUACACAAUAAACAAAUAAUAGUAUGACAGAGAUUACAGAGAAAAUAAAGCAAAGAAAAUGGGUAUAGGGGAUACUGUAAGUGGAGGAAGUUAAUCAAGAAAAGACUCACUGAUAAAGGGCAUUUAAGCAAAAAGCUAAGGAGACCAGGGAGCAGAAGUCUGGAGCAAGAGCACUCCACGCAGAGGGAAGAGCAAGUGCAAAAGCCCUUAUACAAGAGCAUGCUCGUAAUAUUUGAGAAAGAGUAAAGAGGCCAUUGUGGCUGAACAGAGUGAGCGAGGGCAAUGUAGGAAGAGAGAAGGUCAUAGAGGUAGGGGACGGGACCACCACAUUGAGCCACAUAAGCUAUGCACUGUACAAGUCCAGGAUUGUGCAAUGAGAAGUUCCUUUUGGGGGAAGGGGGUGGUGCAGGUGUGGGGAGUAGCUGAUCGUAUAAACCCUGAAGGCUAUUAUAAAGAUUGGGUUUUUUUCCUGAGUAACACAGGAAAAUGAGGAUUUGAACAGAGAUAGGACAUGAUCUGACUUAAGUUUUUAAAGGACUGUCCUGGUUCCUGUGUAGAAGAGACUUGGCAGGGGUGGAUACAGCAAGAGCAGAAGCAGGGAGACCAGUUAGGAGGUCUUUGCAGUAAUCCAGAGCAGGAAGUAGAGGUGGAGGUGGUGAGAGUGGUUGAGUUACAUAUAUAUUUUGAAGAUGGAAUCAACAGUAUUUCCUGAUAGAUAUCCCAGGGCCGAGAACAUAAUAGGCACUAAAAAUGUACUUAUGAAAUGGAUGAAUUGGAUUAGAUGUAGAACACAAAAGAAGAGGAUUGAAGCAUAUUCCACGCGUUUUGGCUUCAACAGAGGAUGGAGCAUAGGCCUGGAAAGAUGGAAUUAUCAUUUCUUGAGACAGAGUUACUGGCCACAUGGCAGUUUCUGAUAUUAAAGCAAAACUUAAACUGAAUCCUUCAACAAAAGUACCCAGCUUCCAUGGCAAGAGGGAUAAAGAUUUACCAGGACCUCUGCCAAGCCAAUUACAGCACAAAGAAAGGAAGUUGAGCCCUUCACAAAUGCGAGCCUUCCAAGAUGCCUACAACUUCUUUAACAAGGAUAAAACUGGCUGUAUUGAUUUACAUGGAAUGAUGUGCACUUUAGCUAAGUUGGGAAUGAAUCUAACCAAGCAUGAUGUCUAUAAUGAACUAAGAUGUGCUGAUAUUGAUCGAGAUGGGAAGGUGAAUUUCUCAGACUUUAUAAAGGUGCUAACAGAUAACAACCGCUUCCUUAAGGCUGUGGUUCCAGAAACGGAGAACUGUUUAGAUUUAGCUGGCAACCCAGGGAUCCUAUUGUUUGAAAUCCUAUCAAAGCUUGUAGAGACUUCAGCCUUACCCAGAAAGGCUAUAAUGGAAAUAGUAAGCUAUUUCCGAAGAAAAUUCCAGGAAACCACCUCGGAAAUGGUGUGGAGCCCUUAUGCUACGGGUUAUGGAAAAAGGAGAUUUAAGCCAGACAUAUGCACACCUCCAAGCUCAAGCACAGCCGCCUUUGCUAAUGCUGCCCGGAUUGCAAUAAUGAAAGAAAAGGAUGUAUUUAAAUUUCUUGAAGAGCUCAAGAGAUGCAGUCCUCCUUCAGAUAGCCCAUACUCAAAAAUACCCAUCUUUCCACUGGUUCCUAAUGUGGAUGGGGUGGUGAUGGGAAAGCCAUUCAAAGACAUACAGAAAUUUAAAAUGCUAAGGAGAAAGGAGCCUCUGAAUUUCUUUGAGAACUAUUUUUUCCAUAAAAAAGACUGGAAAACACAGGCAGCAAAUACAAAGCCUAUCGACCCUACCUCAGGCUUCCCAACUGACAUCCUCGCCAUUGACCAAAUACUCAAGAGAAAGCAGAAUUGGACAGUGGCUGAUGCAGCUGCUAUUAAACAGCACGUAAAGAGAGCUACAGAUACCUAUAACUUGGGAAUUGCCCUUGAGCACCGGAAACAAAUGCUAAACCUCUGGCGGAAGAUUCGAGGGGAUUUGAUUGGGAUAGACAGUAAAAAUGAGUCCUUUUAUGACACCUUUUCUACUUAUACAUGGUCCUGGAAUGUCUGCCAAGAAUUACUUUCCCCAAAGGACUUAAGGUUAUAUGAUGCCUAUGUGAAUAGAAAUUCCUUCCACAACUCUGCAUUCUCUUCCUCUUCGGAUAUUAGUGAGUGUGACACAGGAAGAAAAAGAAAACGGAAAGGGUUCAAAGGGUUUCGACAAUGAAAUUUCUACAUUUUCUAAACAGCUCAUUGCAAACUACUUUUUCAUAGAUAUCAAAAUUAUUCUUGCUUUUGUCUAAUACAUUCUUAGCAGCUGGAAAUGUUGACAUCUUUUGAACUCUGACCAGUAAAAAAGUUUAAGUCAUAGUAUGGUUUCCCUUUCCUAAUUCUUGCUAGUAGAUAGAUGCCUUGCGGUUAUUUCCCUAGCAACCAGCUGCACUGCGCUGCCCCUACCUGGUUCAAAACUGCCUGGGCCUCAGCAGGAAGGAGAAAAGCACAGCUGGCACUUACCUCAGCACAGGCCUGCCCUUCUGACCUCCUAACAGCCCUCUCAGCAAUAAGCAUCUGAGUUUAUGUGACUUAAGUGGCAUUAGUUUUUUUAUCGUUUGUGAAAGAAGCCAGAGGCAGCAGAUAACAAUGACCCUUCAGUUUCAGGGAAUAAUUUCGCAAUCCCCCAAGGAACCUUGAUUAGAUUUGGGUUUUCUAAGCCUCCUUAGCCACACACUUUCAGACUGAUCUCUUGGAUUACCCUGAAGAAUAACUGAUUUCACUCCCUCUUUACUGUUAAGGUCCAGGGAGUAACAGUUUUGUAGUAGUUGUGAUUAAAGAUGGAUUUUGGUUGGAAAGAAUAUUCUUUUCAAGUUUUAUCACUCAAAAAAAAGGUUCCAGACCAGACUUCUGGCCAUUGCUAAACAAAAGUAGUGUUCUUUUUGAUCAGUGCUAUGUAUGCCUGGAGAAAAAUUCCCAGAAUGAAGGAUAGCUAGAUAGGAAUUUUAUAAACAAGAAAACCAGCCGUCCCACUCCUAGGUAUUUACCAAAAAAAAAUUUUUUUAAAGGUGGCCUCAUCCAUUAUACUUGUUGUUGUUCUUUAAUGCAUUUAAUAAAGGAGCACAUCAUGUAUAACUGUAUUACAAGUUUGAGGGGUUGCAAUUUUUUAUUGUGGAAAAAUAUAAAUAAUAUAAAAUUUAUUAUUUUAUCAUAUUUAAGUGUAUAUCAUCCAUUACUUUUUUUUUCCUUUUAGAAAAAGGAAAAUACAUGUUCCAUAUUGAUGGAGACAGUGGCUUAUAAUGUAAAAUUAUAACAUGCCAGGAAGAAACAAGAUAGUGAAGGAUCCCAAAACUGUUUAAUGAAAUAACCUUGAAGUAAUUUUGUGUUACCUUGAAAAUUCAAAACUAAGUAUAUUUGCCAGUCUUUAUAAUGUUAUGUUUGGGACAAAAAUAGAUAACAUUAUAGAUAAGUGACUACGUUUUCUAAAUAAAUGACAAAAUUUAUGGUUUGACAAGAGAUUUUUUUUUUUUUUUGGUAUGCCUGUGAGUAUAACAGGCAACCUAAGAGAUUUAACUUGGAUGCCAAAAUAUUUGAAUUCCUGGAAUAUUUCCUUGGAUCAAUGUGAUAGCAGGACAGAAUAUUUUUAAGUAGAUCUGUCUUGGAGAAUUUUAAAUGUGCAGUAAUACAUUCUAUUAAAUUAUCACACUGUUGAUGACAGCAUAACUUGCCCUCUCUCUGAUGGAAUACAGUAUAGCAACAGGUACUUAGUCAUUUAUUCACCAAUUAUUUCCUGAGUUGCAAACUGUGUGGUGGACCCUGUUCUCAGACCUGGAUAUCUAACAGUGAGCAAACAGACAAAAUGCUCUGACCUCCCAGAGCUUAGUAACAGAGCUAAUUAUAACCAUUCACUCAGCACUUCCAC